AUGUAUCCGAAUGAUGAUGAACGUCGAGCUAUGCUGUUGCUUCUUCAAGAAAAUGAAGAAGAAGAAGAUGAACAAGAGGACGCCGAGGACUUGAGAUGUCUCGUGGUGUGCGAAACAAGAGUUGUUGAUCACGAGCCGACCGACGGGCCUUUCUUCUCCUUCACAAGAAAAUGGUGCAAAUAUCUGAGUGGGAAAGACGGGAAUUUUUUCAGAUGCUUCCCGGUGGACAGUGAUCCAGGGCGAUUUUAUUUUCAAACGUUUUUUGCAAUAUCUUCGGAUUCAGUUCACCUGGUUCGUGCCAUUACUAGAUUUAUUGCCUCUCUAGACGUUUCCUCGUCGGAUUCGUUUUUCAAUAUUGAUCCCACCGAGAUUCGAUUAUUUACCCACCAGACUUUAUCCACUGAAUACGAGCUCGUAUGCGGAUUGACAGUCUAUCUGGAUCUCGAAUGGAUCGCGCAUCAGCAUUUAACCAAGUGUCGACAUGCCCUCGAUGUGGCGAAUGAGGCAGUUUUGCAAGGACAAAACAAUACUCUGUUCGGCAAUAACUUUUCGCGAAUUCCGUGGCAUGAAUCGUGGUGGGCGACCGACGCUGCCUUCGAGCCUACUGCGGACGCGAUCGCGCAAUCUCCAGAAAUAAUUGGUCCCAUAAUUGAUCCCAACAACCAAGUAGGAGUGUGUCUUAAAUUCACUAUCAAACUUUUCUUCAACCAUGCCCAUGUGCACUCAACCCUGGUGCGAAUCGGCCCCGUUACUUCCCCGGCCGUCACUCCUGUAAAUGGGGGAGACCCCGGCUGGGAUAAAGCAGAAGAAGAGGAUGAUCGUUCCAUUCGGGACAUAAUACUGCGUUCGACGUAUAUUCCUGGCUACCACAACUUGCUCUUUGAAGGCAAAGUCGCAGAGACGGAUAAGAACAGCGAAGAGAAAGCGGAUUUUUUGACACUGACGAGUGAUGAACUGUCUUCGCUGAUCGGGAUGGAGUUUGCUGUGUGCUACGAGCAAGAAGCGCAUUUCUAUGUCUGGCUCAUGGGUUCUGGGCCUGAAGGAAUUAUUGAAGAUGUGAAGAAAUUGAAUCCUCACGGCAGAGUCCCGUUCACUGCCCCUUACAGAAGCGGUGUGAUGUUGCAUAAUUCUUUUCAUGUAUGCACGAGUACGGGCUUGGAGACGUUCGCUUUGCAGUCGGCGAGGCCAAUUUUGCGGCAGUAUUUGCGGUCGAUUUUUCCCCGACUCGGGCACAUACAUUUUCCCGACUCGGGAGUUUCCGACGCCCCGCAAGCAGUAACUCGGCUCCGCCCCGCUGGCGUACCCCCUCCCGGACCUGGGGCUUUCCUUGGGUGA